AUGGCCCCAAAACUCGACCCCAACGAAAUCAAAAUUAUCUACCUUCGUGCUACCGGUGGUGAAGUCGGUGCUUCGUCUGCGUUAGCACCAAAAAUUGGUCCUUUGGGUCUCUCACCGAAGAAGGUCGGUGAAGAUAUUGCCAAGGCUACAUCACAGUGGAAAGGUCUUCGGGUCACCGUUCAACUCACUAUACAAAACCGUCAAGCUGCUGUGUCUGUCGUUCCUUCUGCUUCAUCACUCGUCAUCAAGGCCCUCAAAGAGCCCCCGCGCGACAGAAAGAAGGAGAAAAACAUAAAGCACAGCGGCAACAUUCCUUUGGACGAGAUCAUUGACAUUGCACGGACGAUGAAGUCGAAGUCACUUGCGAAGGAGCUUUCUGGGUGUGUCAGGGAGAUUUUGGGAACUGCACAAAGUGUAGGAUGCACAGUCGACGGUCAACCCCCUCACGACAUCAUCGACGGAAUCAAAUCUGGGGACAUAGAGAUUCCUGAUGAGUAA